UACUCACACACCAGGCUCGCUCCUACUGACUGCGGUGCCUGGCAACAGAAAAAGACGUGAUGACGUCUCACACAGAUUGCGUAUUAUGGGAUGUGCGGAAUUAAACAUCGAAGUGCGGACACCAGAGAGAGGGGGAUAUUGCUGGAAAAAUAAACAAGGGUUCACAAGGUCUAAAACCAAUGGAGCUGUCUGCUGUUGGCGAAAGCGUGUUCGCCGCCGAGUCCAUCACGAAACGGCGUAUCAGACGGGGUCGCUGGGAAUAUCUGGUGAAAUGGAAGGGUUGGUCUCAAAAGUACAGCACUUGGGAACCCGAGGAAAACAUUCUGGACGCACGCCUCUUCGCAGCCUUCGAGGAGAGGGAACGGGAAAGAGAACUAUUUGGGCCAAAGAAGAGAGGCCCCAAACCGGAGAAUUUUCUAUUGAAGGCUAAAGCCAAAAUUAAGCCGUAUGAAUUCAGGAGAGAGCCGUACAGGGGGAUUCAAGUGUCCUAUCCCGUUCCAGAGCCAGUCAUAACACCGCGAGCUCGCGAGGGUCUGAGGGCUGUCGUCCCCACAAUAUUUCCACCGAGCACCGUCAAUAGAGGGGAGAGUGUAGGCCUACACCACACGCCACACGAGCCAGAGAAGAGGUCCAGGCACCUCCAACCACUGCUUCCGUUCACAGGAGGGCCGGAAUUGGCCCAUGUCCCUAAAAAAAGAGGUCGUAAACCCAAGAAGAAGGUGCAGAGCGGCGAAGACCUCGAGGCGCCUGUAGAAUCUGCCAAGCGGUGCAGGUUGGAGGACCAGGGGUUCCACGGCCUGUCUAUUCCGCCGAGAGAUCUCAAUCACCGCAGAAAGGCGCCCGAUAACGGCCUUCUGCAGUUGACGAGGAAGUUUCAAGAAAAAACGACUAUUACGCCGAGGUCAGCACUUGUGCAAAAACAAGCGGUAGGCCUCAAUAGAGGAUUAAUAAUCCCAGAGUUCGGAGAUCAGCACAAGGCCAACCAUGGAAGCCAGGGCGCUAGUGACUCAAGCAGGACACAUUUUCCUCAGUCCAAAAUGAAGCACUUGGUUAAAACGCGCAACCACCGGUCUCUGGAGUUUUCAUUGGAUAGGGAAAGAAGUCCCGUCCCUGUUAAACCGCCGGAGUCUCGCGAGGGAAAAUCCGUCGAACUUUGGGGUCCGUGGAUCACCAAGUUCGACAACGUGAUAGUGACAGACGUCACCACAAACCUAUUGACAGUCACCAUCAAAGAGAGCGCUACUGACAAAGGCUUUUUCAAAAAUAGAAGAUGAACCGUUUUGUUAUCUGGGUCCACAUGUAGUAGCCUAGGCCUAGUAGGCUCAUGAACAUUUAUUUGAGAAGAUAUAAAUUCUACUCUAUCAAUAUAUUUUUCUAUGUAGCCUACCCUAACUUGUAUAGCCUACACAUUAAAUAUUUAAUACCUUGCCUAAUAAAAGGACAAUUUGUAUUCAUUUGAAUGUAACGUGUGCUCUGUUUUUCAUUUUCAAAAUGUAGACUAUUUAUAUGUGCCAUAUGAUGUUUUUCUAAAGGAAAAUGCACAAUAUGGUGGCAUAGUCCUGCACCGACAUGGUGUACAACCGACAUGGUGUAGGACUGCCUCAGGAUUAUGCAAAAAUCUAAUACAUAGAAUAGGAUAAACAUGUCUCCUAAUCCAUCCGAUGUUCGGUCAUUUUAAAUCAAUGCUAUACGCUACGGUAUUAGUUAAACAUUGAAUUGUUUCGUGUGUGCCAAAUUAAGGCAUGUGUUUUGCUAUCCAAAAAUGAUAAUGAUUAUAACAAAUAUUAUAUAUCAAUUAUAACUGAUUGUAAGGUACAUUUUGGAGACGUAGACCUAUUCUAAAAAACGUCGAUCAAUUUGGGGUCAACGAAACAUGGCUUUCUCCAAUUCAUACUUUGACUAGAACUCGCGGCAGCUUUUUGCCUAAUUUUGUAGGUCGGCCAAUAUAAUUAAAUGUAUGAUCCCAGAAUAAAUAGAAUGUUACCUGUUAAUUUCGUUUUAUUGAGGUGAUAUUCAUUCUUAAACGUUUUAGGCAUGUAAGUCACAGAGGACAAGCUGUCAGUCAAACAAUGAAGGAGUCCUCAAACACUAUAAACCGAAAACCAGGAGCUAUUUCUCUUGGAGAAAAAAAUGUUGCGGACUAGUGAUAAAAGAGGCAGUUGUGAAUAUAUAUAUAUAAAAAAUGCGGUAUUUAGCCUAAACCUUCCCUUUGAGUCGAUACUUUUACGGUAACUGUUUUAUCAUAAUAUAUUUAAAUGGUUACAUCGAACUAGUGCGUUAGGGCCAUAUGGUAAGUGUUUCAACUCAAGUUUGGACCCAUCAAACUCCCUUUAUCUUACUUUGUUCAUUCUUUCUAAAACUGUGUAAUGACCAUGUCAAAAAAUAUCUGGCUCUGCAACCUUAACCUCUGCGAAGCAAUAGUUUCCCCAGACAGGUAAAGAAUCUCACCGAGUUCCUGGUUUAUUUGAUAAAUAUUUUCCCGCGUUCUUUGAUGUUUUUACAGUUAAUUAUGCCUGAGGUGAACCAGGCAUAUAGGCCUAACUUCUUAACCUAGAUGUUUAGGCCUAUUGCACGGAUUAAAAUAUUUUUAUAUUUUUACACAAGUCUAUAGUUGGUUUUUAAUACAGUUGGCCUAAGUUUUGCAGGUGAUUCAUGAAGAUAAACCAAUGCAGUCUAGUCCAAUGAAAGGUAGGGAUGGUCUAUAGCUGGCCUUUGAUAUUUUGUAGCCACACAUCUGACUAGCUAAUGGCCAAAGCAAAUACGAACGAUGUAAAUAUUGCUGUAUGACAAGGAUAUGUUUAAAUGUAGUACCUAAGCUCCGGUAGAUAAGGGAUAAGGGAUUUAUGUCGAGGGCCACUGAAGGACUGUUUCAUUUCAUGGACAAAGACUCCAUUCAUAGGCCCCCCUCGCGAUGGGAAGAAUGGUGGUGACACGUGAUUCCACAGUUGAGCGACUAUACGGAGGCGGCAUAGUCAACGUUUUAAAAUGCAAGCCAUAUCUCCUGGACUAUUUAUAGAGACGUUGCCAAGUAAGUUUAAGUUUGUGCCACAUUUGCUGCACAUUUGCCAUGUUCAAGAUGCAUUAUCCACCUGAGCAAACAUCUGUCUGACUUCUCUUCUUGUGUGAGAUAGCCUGCAUAACUUCCACCUGAAAACUCGUAGAAACAGAUUAAUUUGCCCAUGAGACCGCCAAUAUGGCCGGGGGCUGCUGCAAAUUAAUUUACAACAUUAAAUGUUUUUCCUGCCUUUCAACGAGACAAGAAAUACAAUGGGCACCACAUCGUCGGGAACAUCGUCACCACCAGAGGUCGCCACAAACCAAACAAUGAAUUGUAUUGGAACAUUUUAAAUAAGAGGGUUAGUAGGCCUAUUAUAUAUUGUAAUAAUAUCUAAUAGGCCUAUUGAAAGAUUAGUAGACCUAUGCCUAGACGUGAGAGUUGACCCCCUGGUUUUAUUUGCAUCUGGCAUCCACUUCUGCAAAACUGUUUUAAGAGAAUAUCAUUUAUAAACCAACAUUUAAUAAUAAGAUAAACAUUUUGAGAUGACCGUCCCGUUAUAGGGCUA